GUUUUCAAAGAACUUUAUAAUUAAUAGUUUUUUUUAACUGGGGAUCAUAAGAUUAAACUAUGAGGGUUUUACUUUUCUUAAAAUACAAGGUGAACUCAUAAAGUAAGAUUUUUGCCUACAACGUGUUUCAAAAUGUGUUACAUUUAUUUUAAAUGAGUAAUCAAGUUUAGAGUUUGGUUUUGACUCAAAUUGCAUUUCUAGUGAAGCUGAUGAUUUCUUUUCAGAGACUUUCUGUUUCAUCUGAGUGAAAUCAGAGCACUGAUUGGCUCUAGCUUAUUGGAGACCCGAUUCAUUGGAUUGAAAGUAAAUUCAGACAGAACUCUGUAUUACAGAAGAUUUUUAACAUCUGCAGAAGAAAAUGAGUCCAGAUUGAAUCAAGUAAAAAUGUGCAGUUUUAUUUUGAAAUUCACUCCUCAUGAAAUUCCUCUUCCUGUGUGUGUGCACGUGCAUGUCUGUGUGUGUCUGUGUCGGGAGCACCUCCUCCAUUUGAGUCAGUAGUGUCAAUAUCAUCAAUCAAUGAGUUCAGCAAUUGAUGGAACCUGAAACAAACCAUGGCGGAACCACAAAAGAACCAUAAAGAAACCGUGAAGGAGUCAUGAAGAAAACAGAGUUCUGAAGUUUGUGACUUUACUUUAACAUGUUUGACUGACUGAGAGAACAAACUACAGCUAAAAACAGAGUUGCAAACAGGAGUCGGUUUUAAAUGUCACUUCUAAACUUAGAGCAUCUCCCACUGCAGCUCAUCUUGAGGAGCAGGGUCCCACAGAGGCCCACCACACCAUCCUGACAGGGUCCCACAGAGGCCCACCACACCAUCCUGACAGGGUCCCACAGAGGCCCACCACACCAUCCUGACAGGGUCCCACAGAGGUCCGCCAGGGUCUGUAUAGGACCAGGGUCAAGAACGAGGCUAAUCUUGUACAGAACCUGGGUCAGGAAUUCUGCAGACCUUGUACCGGUACCCCCCAUAUUGGACCCUCACAGGACCAGCAUGUCCGACCGGCGGGGAAUCCACAUCUUUCUGGGGGCUCCGCCUCCCCCCUCCGAUCCCCCCUCCCAAGAUGGAACCAGGCCCUCGGCCACAUGGAGACACCUGAAGCUCACCUGGAGGGACGGGCAGCUCACACCUGCAGCAGACCUGUCAGGACAUCAGUUGUUUGACGAGGCAGAAAGGAUGGAUAAAGAGGACGUCCAUGAAAACCAAGACUGUCUCACAAACCCUGAAGCUGAUCCAGUCUCAGGACCUGAAGCAGGACAGAACAGACCAGACACGUCUGAGAGGCCCGACGCUGAAGAAGAGGGUCAGUGCUCGACUUCACUGCACCUCUAUCUGGACAGCUGUUUCCCCACAGCCCAUCCUGCACCUGGACCUGGACCAGGACAAAUACCUGCACCUGGAUCUGGACCUGCAACUGGACCUCAGUCUGAGGAUGAACCACCUCCAGUGGUGGGUCCUCCCUCCACUCACACUCAUUACCUCACCACCUGGACUCUGAGUCAGGCCCUCAUCCUGAGAAGCAGGCAUGAUGUCCCAACAGCAUCCAGCCCAGAGAAAACUCCACCCAAAGGCGCCCUCACACCUCCAUCCGUCUCAUCAAGUACACCAGAGCUCUUCAGUCAAGCAACUCCAUCACUGGGAUCCUCUGCCGAGCUCUUCAGCCAUUCCUGUUCCUCCCCGAGGGUAGAGGAAGGAGGCGUCGUCCUCCAAGUCACCACGGAAGGCGUCCUGUGCUCACAGGAAUCAAAAACCACCCAGGAGUCCCCAAUCAAGUCCCCCAGUAGCAAGAGGCCUCGACUCUUUGAGGAGUGUAGAACUGAAGCUCCUGAAGGCCCCACCAUUUCCACCCGGCUCCACAGCGCCACCACGCUCCUGCCCCAGUGCAACAGGCCAGGGGUGCGUUACACCGUCCUGGUGGUGGUGGUUCAUCCCUGUCACCUGAAGGAGGUCAAGGUGAAGUCCGGGCCAUCGGCAGGGACCUUUGUUCCUCUGGCAUCCAUCGUGGUGACGGACCAAUCAGGUGUGGACAGGAAGGUGGUGCUGUGGCGGCGGGCGGCGUUCUGGGCAGUGACCGUGAAUCCCGGAGAUGUUGUGUUCAUCACAGGGCUGCAGGUGAAUGAGGACCGGUGGAGAGGAGAGACACUGCUCCAGUCGACCUUCAGCAGCAAACUGCUCAACCUGGGACAUGUGACAAGCUCCUCCUCUCGACCAGUGACUCAGGUGGACUCCCGCUCGCUCACCUCUCUGUGCAACUUUGUUCGGGAGCGGCGCCCCCUGCUGGCGUCGAUGCCCCUCCUGCCACCCCAGGACCUGAAGCGCCUGCCCUACGCCCCCCUGAGGUCGCUGCGCGUCAAUACGCUGGUCCACGCUCUGCUGCGGGUCACACACACACACCUCAGCUCAGAGUGGCGUGGUGAGGCGGGGUCCUACAAUCGUUCUGCUCGGAAGCUGAACGCGGUUCUUACUGUGGAGCAGGCAGACGGUCAGCAGGGGGCGCUGCUGCUGUGGGGGUCUGCAGUAGACUGGCUACCACAGUUCAACAGAGACAGAAACGCCGUAUGGGACUUCCACCUGCUCCUGGUGAGAGAUUCUGUGACCUCUGACCUCCCAGAGUUGCACUCCACCCCCUGGAGCUGGGUCAGACCCGUGGAGCCCUCGGACCGCCGGGCCCAGGACUUCCUGCGGUCACGGCGCCACCCGUCCGAAUUGGGGAACGCUGUGGAGCUGGACCUGGACACGCUGCUGUCCCAGAAGUACAGCGGUGAGGCGGAGCUCCAGCUACAGGUCCUCGAAUUCCACUUCAAGGCUGUCACGUCUUCCCAGAAUGCACCUCAGCAGGUGAUGGACAGCUCCACGCCGCUGGAAGCCAUCAUGGCGGUGCUGAACGGUGACAUCACCUACACAGGCUGCGGUCGCUGCACCGCCGAGCUCGACACCGACGCCAACGGCAUCUACUGCCCCUGUUACCCCUGUCUGCCCCACACCGCCGUGCGGCGCUACUACAGACCUGCUGUGUUGACCGUGAGGGGGCAGGGCCUCUCUCAGGUGAGUCUUCAUGUUCCUCCUGAGCCCCUGCAGACAAUCCUCUCAGCUCCUCCUGAUAAACUGCACAGAGCUUCAGCUCCGGGUUCCAGCCUGAAGAACAUCCAGCUGGCAGCAGAUCGCAUCGGUUCCCUUCUCUCCCGCCCCCGGAGAACCUUCGUCGUCAGAGCGCAGAGCCACUUCCUGCUGGAUGAGAACAGCGCCACCAUCCAUCAGGAAUUCACAUUGCUCCACCUGCAGCUGCCUGAGGGGGCGCUGUGACAGACCAAAGGACCAUAGGGGCCAGUUUGAUGAACCAGGGAGGCCACCUGGUUAGGUGUCAUGUAUCAGUGUUAGAACAAAGCACAAAGACUUUCAACUGAUAAAACACACACACACACACACACACACACACACACACACACACACACACACACACACACACACACACACACACACUGGAUGUUGG